AUGAACGGAGAAACAGACAACACAAAUCCUAGGCCACAGGAUUUAUCCUACGCCGACCAGCAGGAACUGCUCGCGUUCGUCGAGAAGCGCAGGUGGUUUGAAGGCAAGCUCGAGUCUCUAAAGGCCCUAGCGCCCGUAUACCCCUUCGUUCACCCGGUCCUCGUACCAGACCCAGGAAGCACGGCAGGCUAUGUCCGCGCCGGCGCGGAAUCGUCCAAGUGGCGACUACCAAACAAAGCUCAGCUCGCCGCAUGGGUCAAUGAACGAAACGCGCUCGUCGACGAGGUCGAGCGCUUUGACGAUGGCGAUAUGGAGCGCAUGAAGGAGAAGACACGCCAAAUGACCCGUGUUCCCCUGACGCAACCGUCCACCGAUCUUGUCGAGGUCACACUCGACCUAAUCCUCCUCAUCGACCAACUGCUCGCCGUCCUACGCAAUCGUGGGUCGAUACUCGAGCUCACGUCCCUCCGCCUGCAUUGGGACGACUUGCGUUACGAAGUCCGACGCGAGACUGAGAGCGUUGCAGACGAGAUCGACCAUGUCGUGGCCGAAGCCCAAGCGUGGCUGCCAGGCGCGGCCACCAUACUCCGAUGGGAACCACGACGGAGACGCAGCUCGGCACAACUGCCACCUUCGCCCAAGAUUCGCCUCUCGUCGUCAGAGCAAUCGCUUCCAGAAGACGCAGUGGCUCCCAUGACACCGCCCCUUGGAUCCACACAGAUUCCACGCUCUCCAACCCGAACCCCUUCACCCACAAAGCUUCCGGGAUCCCCGUCAAAGCCACACAAUGUGCCCCGGUCGGCACUACACAUCUCGAUCCUCCGCUCACAGUUGGUUGGACUGCAGACGCGGCACCGUAAUCUGCAGUAUAACCUGGUUAAGCGCAGCGGCGCAAUCCUCGACAAGAUGAUUGACCAAGCUGGCUGCCUCAAGGACCUUGGCGGUGUCGAUGGUCCGCUGGAAGAGGACGGCCAGCACGCCAUCCCCGAUGCUCUGAUUGAUCUGCAAGAAGAGCUCGAGGCCAGAGCCACAGACAUUGGCAACAAGGUGACGUGGUGCACGUCGUUCGAGCAGCAGUGCCGUAAGGGCCAUGACCACUUCUCACGGUCGGCACGCGCGGGGAAGGCUGGGUCCGACUUCUUGGUUGAGAUCAAGAGUGCUCUGUCUCAGGUCCCCACGAGCAGCAAGCAUGCGGCGCUGCAGCAGAUGUUCGCCGACGCGAGUUCGGCUCUUCCCCCGCCCUUGGACGCCGAAUCGUUACCGAUGCCAUCGCACCCCGCCUUCCCGGCCAAGGACGACCAUAACGAGGCCGUCUUCGCUGCCCUCAACGAGGCGCGCAGCGACGCUGAGGUCGACCUGGACCUGGGCGACAAGAUGCUCGCGUACUACGGCCAACUCCUCAGGGCCCGGGAAGCUCUGCAAGCGCAACACGCCAGAGUGCAAAUGCUCCGGGAACACCUACAGCAGGCGAUUCUGCAGCUUGAGAUGGGGUCAGACACGGCUCCCCGACCAACCCUUGGUGGCGUGGCUUCAAACGGGGGCGACCAUUCAGAGUGGCUCCGGAACAUCGCUUCGUGGACCGACGAGGGCGACAUGGCGACGAGAGCUGCCACUGACGCCCACGAGACCACUGUCCUGGCCGUCAUGCAGUACCGCAAGGCGCUGUCCAGCGCGUCCAUGGCAGUCAAGCCUCACUUGCCGCAGGACGGUGUCCCCGACGACCUGGGCCCACUAGUCGACGACGACUCGCACGACCUCAUAUCACUUGGUAAGCGAUGCGCAGAGCUCGCCAAGCGAAUGCGCAGUGAUGCCGAUGCUGUACCGCUCGUCCUCAGCAUUCGGGAGGCGAACGAGGAGAUCUCGAACGGGUUAAGCUCUUUGCGAUCUGACGUCAUCCGUGCAAUCAACUUAGCUGCCUGGUCCCCUUGUUCACCAUCCUCACUGCCCACUACACUCAAUGACGACCUCAGUGCCCUCCAGGAGCGGGCCUCCGAGUUCGACCGCGACAUGGGACGACUCCGUGCGAUGCCCUUCACAUUGGAUGCGAUUCCUCCCUUAGAAUCGACGUUCAAGCAAACUAGAGAUAACAUGGUCGAAGCGUGUCACGAGCUGGAUGUCUUCCAGCGUGUGUCGGCGCAGGCGAAGACAGUCCGAGAUUUGCAAGGCGAGGCCAACCGACUCGUCGAGCAACUCGAGGCCGCCGGCAACAGCCUCCCCGAGGCCACUUCCGUUGCAUCCGACGCCAUCGUUGCCGACCUGCGGGGGCGCGUCACUGAAUGGAACGACAGCAUCAUCCCGAGAGUCGGUCUCGUGUCUGGACAAGAGCCGUCCUCUUCCGCGUGGUCGCCAGAUGAUGAGCUGAGAGGAUCCAGCGGUCCCUUGACACCGCCGUUAACGCCUGUGGACCGCGUGGGGGAGCGCUCGAUGUUCAUGUCAACCAUGCCAGACCUCGUCGCCCUCGACAAACGAGUGCGCAGUGAGGUCAACCACCAGUCGGCCCGCGUCAUGGCUUCCAUUGCACGGCUCUCGGGUGUGCACGACCGCCUCGCUUACGAGCGCUGGGCGGCUCCUGUGCGCAGCGCAACUCAGUCCUUGGAGGCAGCCAAGGAGCAGCUCCAGACCACUCUCAGCCGCUUGAUGGACGAGCUCGGCCACCUCAAGGACGACAACCCGACUUCGCGCCACGAGCAUGCCGUGGAGAGCAUCCGCACAGGCGCGGAGGCGAUCGGCAAACACGCUUCGACCGUCCGCAUGCUGGUUACCAAACUCAACGAUGUUCUCGGUGCCGACGCAUCAGAUGGCAUAGACAUGCGCAAGGCCGCAGACGUCUUCUCAUCGGCGGACGUGGCGCGGGAAGCCGCUCUCGGGCAGAUCACCAAGGCCGAGAAGUGGCAACGGCAGCUCGAGGACGUUGUCGCGCAGUCGCUCCUGGCGCGCUCUGUCACGCCUGUCAACGUCACCAGCGGCGACAUCCCCCGCACUCCCGAUCAAGUGGCCAAGAAGGUCCAAUCGUUAUCCGGCGGCCUCGAUGCAUUAGACCUGGAGGCCAUCGUCCACCCAUCGCCUGCCCAGCUUCGUGCCACCCCCAAGCGGCGCCGUCUGCCGAAUUCCUCCGAGGCCGAGCAGCUCGCCAAGGCGUUCACCGCGAUUGCGGACACUGCGCGGUCCAUUGCCCGUGCGCAACCCUACUCGCCUGAACUAAAGAUGCUGCUUGACAAGGUUGCGAGUCAGGGGUUCCUGGUUCCGGACCUGAAGGGCUUGGCCAAGGUUUCCGAUGCCGCGAACGUGUGCGAUGAGGCAUUUAGCCGUCUCCUCGACACUGUCGACGCGGGAGCUGGCCGGGAAGCUACGCGGGCAGCUGAAGGCGAAGCGCAAGCUGCAUUUGACACUCUUCAAAACCUAUCUCUUCCACUACUGGGCGACUCGCGCGUCGCGCUGGAGCGGCGCCGAGUUUCCAACACCUGGAGGGAGUUACGAGUGGUCGCUGAAGAGGACUCGGUGGCGGGCAGCUCCACUGCUGAAAGUUCUGCGACCGCCUCGGAGCGACGAGCUAAGCCUCGUCUGCCCUUAAACCCAGCUCCACGGCGUACCAGGACGAAUUCCAUGUUCACGAACGGGACCCAAGACUGGGGCACUCCGACGCCGAGCCGUGUGUUAUCGGACACGACGCAGGCUCGCGUUAGACGCUCUCGCCCAUCGUUAGAUAACGUACCGUUCACCCCCAAGACCAUGUCGCGUCCACGCAGUAGCCUCCCAACCAGCAUCAGCAUGCCCAGCAGAACCAUUCCCCGAGCCAUGACGCCGACCGUGCCAGUUCCAUUCAAGCUGUCUACUUCGCGAUCCACUAGCCGUCUAUCGCGCUCCACAAGUUCGUCUGCCAACCUCGCUAGCCUCGCCGAGGCGCCGACACCCACUCGACCUCGCGCCCGGUUCGGCAGCGAGCCACCGACGUCGGCCUCCGCCACGCGUAAGCCCAAGUUCAAGGCGACGCGCGAGAAGAGCACGCUGGACGCAGCUGUGCAGAACGUCCUCAGGGAAUUAGACCUGAGAGUCCCCAUUGUUCCCGCUGGCCGCCUCUCGCCCGACGAGUGGAAGGACGAGUCGGGCCGCUACUGGAUCGGUUACGGCGCCCGCGCGCGCAUGUGUUUCUGCCGCAUCUUAGAGUCCAAGACGGUCAUGGUGCGCGUGGGAGGGGGGUGGUGUGAACUCACGCGCUACCUGCUGUCGCACUUUGCCGACGAGAUUGAGGCAACUGACUCGUCGUCCGGCUGGAACACGUCCCCGGUGACAGUCACGAGCGCGAGUCUGAAACGCGCCACGUCGUCAUUGUCAUCUAUCGGACCGGGAACCCCUUGCCGCGCGAACUUGCCGGCGCAAUCCACCACAUCACCUGUAGCCCACGCCACAACGCCGCUGCCCCUUCGUGCGGCGUCGCUAUCGCCCGAGAAGAGCCCAGGCCCAGGCUCACCGCUAGUUCCCUUCCAGUUCAUGCGCAAAGCGAGCGAAAGCCCAAGCGUCCGUGACAAAGAGCGGGCGGCGCUGCGGCGCACCCUCGAGAACGGCCGGGCGAAAUAG